GUCCAGGAGAAUCUAAAAAAGGGCUUUAUCCGUAAAUCCUCCUCUCCUGCCGGAGCCGGAUUUUUCUUUGUGUCCAAAAAAGAUGGCUCCCUACGUCCUUGCAUUGACUACCGCGGUCUUAAUAAAAUCACGGUUAAGAACCGCUACCCCUUACCCCUCAUCUCUGAACUCUUUGAUCGCCUCCAAGGUGCCCACAUCUUCACUAAAUUGGACUUAAGAGGCGCCUAUAACCUCAUCCGCAUCAGAGAGGGGGACGAGUGGAAAACGGCAUUUAACACCAGAGAUGGACACUUUGAGUAUCUGGUCAUGCCCUUUGGACUGUGCAAUGCCCCUGCCGUCUUCCAAGACUUUGUCAAUGAAAUUUUUCGUGAUCUGUUAUACUCCUGUGUUAUUGUAUAUCUGGACGAUAUCCUAAUUUUUUCUGCCAAUCUAGAAGAACACCGCCAGCAUGUCCGUAUGGUUCUUCAGAGACUUCGUGACAACCAACUCUAUGCCAAAAUUGAGAAAUGUCUGUUUGAAUGCCAAUCUCUUCCUUUUCUAGGAUAUUUGGUCUCUGGCCAGGGACUACAGAUGGAUCCAGACAAACUCUCUGCCGUCUUAGAUUGGCCACGCCCCUCCGGACUCCGUGCUAUCCAACGCUUUUUGGGGUUCGCCAAUUAUUACAGGCAAUUUAUUCCACAUUUUUCUACCAUUGUGGCUCCUAUCGUGGCUUUAACCAAAAAAGAUGCUGAUCCCAAGUCCUGGCCUCCUCAAGCAGAAGACGCCUUUAAACGACUCAAGUCUGCCUUUUCUUCGGCUCCCGUGCUCUCCAGACCUGACCCUUCCAAACCCUUCCUAUUGGAGGUUGACGCCUCCUCAGUGGGAGCUGGAGCUGUUCUUCUACAAAAAAAUUCUUCCGGGCAUGCUGUCACUUGUGGUUUUUUCUCUAGGACCUUCUCUCGCUUAGUAGUGAAGCAUCUGAUAGAUCCAUCUAAACAGGAGUAA